AUGGAGAAGAAAAUGGAUCAUCAUCUUCUCUGCUUCUCAAACACUAGUCAAUUACUCAAUCUCUUCAUUUCUGAGUUAACUCUCUUCUCUUACUUCAUUCUCUCUCACCCUCUUUACUUCUCUUACUUCAUCUUCUUCUAUCCUUACCUUGUUAAAAUCAUCUCAUUUCUCUCCCCUCUCUUCAUCACCAUUUCCCUUUUACUCCUUGCACUUGUCAACAACACCAUCUCCCCUGCUUUUUUCAUAUCUUCCCCUGACUCAGACAAUGUUAGUACUAUUCUGCUAUCUUUCAAGAAUGCUCUACUGGAAGCUGAUGCUGAAAUUGAGGAGUUUGAUCGUUUUGAGGAUUUUGAAGUUUACAAGAUUGUGUUUCAAGUAAACCCAAUUGAGUUUUUUCACUAUACAUCCCCUGAAGAAAGUGAAAAAUCACUUCUUGAUUCUUCAGUUCAAGAAAAAGACUCUGCCAUUGCCACUGCCACAGAUGAUCUUGAAAAUUCAGGGGUUGUAGUGGAAAUGGAUGAGUUUGAAAGCAAGAAUUGUGCUGAUAAUGUGGAAAGGAAGAAAAUUGAGGAAAUGGGCACGAAGGUCGAGAAAGUUGUUGAAAAAGGAGAAAUGAUGAUGGGAAAUGGAUCCAAGGAGGUGGAUAAAGAUAAAAAGGCACAUUCUUGGAGUAAUCUUGACCAGAAUUUAGGGAGUUAUGGAUCUAUGAGGAAAGAAAAAGAGUGGACAAGGACAUUAGCAUGUAAACUUUAUGAAGAAAGGCACAAUGCUAGUAGUGAUGAAGGAAUGGAUUUGUUAUGGGAAACUUAUGAAUUAGACUCUGGAAAGAGCAAACUCAAAAGGGAUAACACUACAAAGAAGAAGAAGAAAGGAGAAUCCACAUCCAAAUCCAAAUCCAAAUCCAAAAGCUACAAAAAGUAUGAAGAAGACGAAGGCGAAGAAGAAGAAGAAGAUAUGAAUGAACAACAGUUAUGUUGCUUACAUGCUCUCAAGUUCUCAGCUGGAAAGAUUAAUUUAGGAAUGGGAAAGCCUAAUCUUGUUAAGAUUUCCAAAGCAAUUAAAGGGUUUGGAUGGUUACAUCAUGUCACCAAGAAAAACAAGGUCCAUUGUGGAGAUAGAUUUUAG